GGCGCCGGUCGCUGUCCUGGGUGUUGAAUCCGCUGCGGGUGGAUACAGGGCUGGGAAAGGGAGAGUGCGAGGCAUGGAGUGAGGGGCUGGCGGCGGCGGGCGGGGAGCGGGACGGCCGCGUGCGAUGGGCCAGGCAUGAUGGGGGCGCUCGGCUCCGUCCUCGCGCUGCUGCUGCCGCCGCUGCUGCAGGUCCUCGCCGCCGCCCCGCGCGGACAGCCGCUGUCCUCCGCCGGAGCCGCCGCCGAGGCUCGGAUCGGCUGCCUGGUUGAAGAUGAUCUCUGCAAAUCUUUUGAAAUCUGUGUAAAUGAUGGAAUAUUCGGGAGAUGUCAGCGAGUGCCAGUAAGAGACAUAUACAAAUAUGACAUUUCACCUCCUGUUCUUCAGCGCCUAAGGAUCAUCCUGGAGAAGCUCGCACACAGAGGUUUUACCUGGCAAGAUGACUAUACACAGCAUGUCAUUGGUCAGGAACUCUCAAACAUCCACAAAGUCCACAACAGACGCCCUGACAUCUUUGCAUCUGAAGCCUCUGAUACAGGAAGGAUUUUGGAACAGAAUGAAGAUAAUGAAAGAAAAUCUAAUCUGGAAAACGAUGUGAACUUGGCCGAAUCUCUUCAGCAAUAUCUUAAAUAUCUGGGCCUUCUCUCCCGGUCAGCAGCUACAAAUCUAUACCCAAGGAAGAGGAACGACAAAGCUAAUGUCAAGAGCUACGUCUAUAAUGAUCCUGUUAGGUACUACUUGAUGCAAAGUCCCAAAGAAAGAGCAACUCCUUUGGCCCAUGCAUCAACAUCUCAUCAACAGUAUGCUGAAAAUCUCCGGGCGAUGACCUUCAACCAGCCUCAGCCAGACAUGUUCUCAACAGAGUCAGAAGCAGGGCUUGACCAAAAAGCUCUGAUGGCUGCACUGCACACGUACAUCACUCAGAACUUGUCAGCACAAAGCAGUGAUAAAAGCUCUCAAAGUAGGACUAAAGGGUCACACGUUUAUGCUGAUAGAUUCUACUCAACUCAAGUUGGUCCUUCUGACGGAUUUUCCAGAGGAAAAGCAGAAGAUUUCAAAAUGAAUAAACUGUUCCAGCCACAGCCUGCCUCUGGAGUUCUGGGGCCGGCCCCAGAGAUGCUCAGUCAUAAGUCUCCUUCCCAGAAUGAUCCAAAGGACCUGCUGAGGGUAGUGGAUGGUAAAGUUGAAACACUUAUUAAAGGCAUACUGAAGGACCUAGAGAAACACCAGGUGAAUGUGGAGAAUCUCAGCUCAACUGAACUGGAUGAGAUUGCUGAUACUAUUGCUAAUGCAAUUCAGACUGCUGGCAUUCAGGAAAAAACAGAAGAUGGUGCUGGAAAAACUGAAGAAGAAAAACCAGAAGCAAAAAUUAAGAAAGGAGAUGCUCAAGGAAGGGCAGAAAUUCAUACUGGAUUAAUGGAAAACAGUGUUGACAUACCAGGUAUUGAUUACAAUGGAGUGCAUGAAGCCAGUGCCAGAACUGACCAAGAGGAGAACACUGCAAAAUUAAUUAACUUCUUGAAAAAUAAUGCAUUACCUGGAAAUAUGCCUAAAGACCUAAAGCCUGGAGAAUCAACUAAGUCAGAAACCAAGAAAUCUGAAGACACUGACUCUUCUUCCUCAGAAGAAAUAAAUGCUGGUGUGGAAAAUGUAAAAAGUGAGACUUUCUCCAGGGAGCUGACAGCUACAAAGAGCACUGAAUCUGACUCCAAAGACCCAAGCGAGACCCGCUACUGGAUUAAGAAUGCUUUAAUGAAGGAUGGAAACUCCUAUGAACAGCCUCAGAAAAAUGCAGGACAAGGCAUACAGCUUGAAGUGAAGUCUGCAGAGGAGAAAGAAUAUGGCUAUAUUGUGACAGUGAAAGACCCCCUGAGUGUGGAAAAGGGCCUGGAGUUAAUAAAGGAUGUGGCAGAUCUCCUGAAGCUGCAGAUGAGUGCCUUCGAUGAUGUCAACAUGCUGGGACCAGCUGUGACCUUCAGAGUGCACUCAAACCUCCAAAACAUUUCAACUGCGGAUGUUGCCAAAGCAGCAGCCGUGAACAAAGAGAAGCUUGAAAAAACAACUGGGCUAAGAAUUCUGCAGACUGGCGUGGGGGAGAAAAGCCACGUCCCGCCGCUCCCGCAGCGCGGGGAAGAGGCAGAGUCGGCCAAAUUUCUCCUCCUCACCCUCCUCUCCCUCGCCUGCAUCGCCGGGGUCCUGGCAGCUUCGGGGGUCGUCUACUGCCUCCGGCACCGCGCCCACCACCGGCUCAAGGAGAAGCUCUCGGCCCUGGGGGCUGACGCCGGAUCCGACGCUACCGCUGCUUAUCAGGAGCUAUGCCGUCAGCGCAUGGCCGUGAGGACAUCUGAUCGCCCAGAGCCCCUGCAUGCUUCUCGUAUCAAUAGUGUUUCCUCUCAGUUCAGCGAUGGGCCCAUUCCCAGCCCCUCGGCUCGCAGCAGCACAUCGUCCUGGUGUGAGGAGCCGGUGCAAUCCAACAUGGACAUCUCCACCGGCCACAUGAUCUUGUCCUACAUGGAAGAUCACCUGAAAAACAAGAAUCGUCUGGAGAAAGAGUGGGAAGCUCUUUGUGCUUACCAGGCUGAACCCAACGCCACCACUGUUGCACAGCAGGAGGAGAAUAUACAGAAGAAUCGCUCCCAGGCUGUAGUACCAUAUGAUCACUCCAGGAUAUGUCUGAAAGCUGAAAAUAGCCACGACAAUUCAGACUACAUCAAUGCUAGCCCAAUUAUGGACCACGACCCCCGAAACCCAGCAUUUAUUGCCACCCAGGGCCCUCUCCCUGCUACUGUUGCUGACUUCUGGCAGAUGGUCUGGGAGAACGGCUGUGUCGUUAUUGUCAUGCUGACACCCCUCACGGAAAGCGGAGUCAAGCAGUGCUACCACUACUGGCCUGACGAAGGGUCAAACCUCUACCACAUCUACGAGGUAAACCUUGUCUCCGAGCACAUCUGGUGUGAGGAUUUCCUGGUGAGGAGCUUCUACCUGAAGAACCUGCAGACAAAUGAGACCCGCACGGUGACUCAGUUCCAUUUCCUCAGCUGGAAUGAUCAGAGAGUUCCUGCUUCCACAAGGUCACUGCUGGAUUUCCGCAGGAAAGUAAACAAGUGCUACAGGGGUCGCUCUUGUCCAGUAGUUGUUCAUUGCAGUGAUGGUGCAGGAAGAAGUGGAACCUACAUUCUAAUUGACAUGGUUCUCAAUAAAAUGGCUAAAGGUGCUAAAGAGAUUGAUAUUGCUGCUACCCUGGAGCACUUGAGGGACCAGAGACCAGGCAUGGUCCAGACAAAGGAGCAGUUUGAAUUUGCUUUGACAGCUGUGGCAGAGGAAGUGAACGCAAUACUCAAGGCACUUCCCCAGUGAGCAGCUCGGUGUCCCGGAGGUUCCCGCAGGAUCCAUUCCUCAUUUCCUCAUCCUCAGUCCCUGUGAAUGUUCUUGGAAACCGUGACCUGACCUUAACUAUGUAUCUUCUGUUGUAACCACAUAGUGGUAGGGUCCUUAGAAACUCCUUUAGCUGGUAAAAGUUCAACAGUUAAAAUGUGUCUUCUGUUUUGGGGUUUUAAAACAAAUUUUAAAGAAGUACAUCAAAGCCUCGGAUUAAGUGACAGAACAUUCCACCUAAUCCUUCUCUCAUCCUUGAAGACCUGAAUGUCAAACUUGGAAAGCACACAUUCCUCUCCUUAAUAGCAAAUAUUCAGUAUUGUGGGUAACUAGUGCAGUCAAUAUAGUCUCAGAAAACAGUGUUCUGUUGUAUUUCGUAACUCCUUAAAAACCAAAUGAGAGUGAGGGGCCUGAAAGGGAUGGCGAUUGUCCCUCUACAAUGCCAAGCGAAGGCAUGGAACUGUGCAGAGAGUGUGAGUAAACACAGCUCCGGGCUCUGGCAAAGGGAGCUUGCACCUUCUCAUGCUGAGCUUUAGCAAGCAAACAUUUUCUUAACUGUUGUUUACUUUUCAGCUUUGUGCUGUGAAUGGGAGAAAAUCUGAGCUAUAAGUAAAUAGGCCAGCACAGUUGUUGCAACUGGGGAGAACAAGUUGGUCACAUUAAUGGGAACCUGGGGAACAGUGAGCACCACAGCUCUGGCCAAGUAUCUACAGUGUGGAACAGGCAAGCAUAGAUGCUCUUCCAACCAUGAGCAAGGCGCCUGGCCCACCAGGUACAUGUCCAGAGCUGGCAUGGACAUGGAUUGUUGACAUUAUGGGAUUACUGAGGAAGAAAAUGGGACUCUUCUCUUUAUAUUUUUGCAUUUCGCUCUUUGAAGCUGUGCUGUGCCAUCCUUUUGAGCCAGGGAAAUAUAUUUCUGUGAAAGCCUGGCUGAAGGAAGAAUUGCCAAUCUGCAUUUUAUGAUCCUCAUCAAAUUUGUCUGAGCCAGACAUUUGUUGCACCUUUCUGCUCUUUCCUUUUCCUGAAUGACGCCUGUUUUAACUGUUAAUGGAUCAAGAAGCACAUAGGUUGAAUUUCAGAGAUUCUUCUGUUCUCAAAAUCCUAAUGCCUACUGUUGCCAAGUAAUGCUAAAAUAUGUCUGUAAAUGGCUUGGUUAUGCAAUUUUGCUUGUGUGAAUCCACAGUUUUAGUUGUGGCACUCUUAUAAAAGGAUUGAAGCUACUGAUGGAAAGUACUCUGAUUUGCUUGAAUGAAGGGCCUGAAAGUGACAUUUGCGAAGGUGGCUCAAUUUCAUUUUCAAAACUGGACACUUUCAUCUGUUAUCCUGUAUCUCUGUGACUUUAAGGAUUUUCGUGUUGGCUUUUAUUUUGGGUUGGGUUUUUUGGGUUGUUUUUGUCUGUUUGUUUGUUUUUUCCCAAAAUCUUAAUGGCAUUAAAUACUUGGAAAAUUCAUAAUAAAUUUAAUUUGGGAGGGUGAAGGUUUUAUGAACUUCUAAUUGGUGAAAUGUUAAAAAUUCAACGUUGGAGAGUUUUGCUGGAACGGAGGUAAUGGGCAUCUAUUGAAAUCACCCAGGUUGCAGUUUUGUGUUGUAGGCAUGCGUAGUGGUGAUUUCUUCUUUUUAGCAAUUAAAGAGCUAUUUAAACAACAACAACAACAGCGACAACAAAGCAGAAGACUUGUUACUUCUCACCAUACAUUUCUGCAUGCUUUUCUUGGUAUGUGCUGUUGCUUAAUUUGUGCAUCCCAUUACUAUGGCAGUACAGAGCAUUUACUGCAGAUGCCAUCAUCCUCUUAAGUACAUAUGCUGUACAUUAAGCCACAUGUUUAUUUUAUGGCCUAAGCAUUUUAGAGCUUUCCUAGCAAUAACUAAAAAAACUAAUGGAGUAUGAAUGAGAAAAUUGCCUUUUUCAUUUGAUAAUUUAGGCUUAACAGGUUUCUUUUAUUACUUUAGCUAACAUACAAUUGCAGAUCAGGGCAGAUGAGAUCAGUUUGAGCAGUAUCAGCAACUGUUUGAGGUAGAUUUACUGUGAGCCAUGUACUGCAGCUUUCUGAAAAUACAGGUAGUUAUAUCCAUACAAACAGUCCAAGGAAUCAAAAUAAGGGCAUCCUAAGUCAACCUCUCAGAUUCUUGGGUAAAAUUAUUUCUCAGGGCAAGCUGCUGAACCGCUGCCUACUGCCAGUGGGAUAAUGGGAUUUCAGCACAGAUUUCUGCCCUGAGAUUCAUUAGUGUUCUCCUCCUGACCAUCCCUGUGCAUACCACAAACAUGGCUGACGAGCUGUUUGUUUGCACUUCAGGAAUAUUUUCUUAAUUGUUCUUCUGACAAUAUUUGCAUUUCAUAAGAAUAAUUUCAGGGUGAUCUCUAUUAUUUCACAAGCAGCUGAGUAUGAGACUAAAAUAUUGGUCUUCGUGCUUUGGAGUUUAUUUAGUGUAAAUUAGAGGGCAUUAAUCUUCCCCAGGGCUAAUGGGGCAAGGAUGUGUUGUUUUAUUCAGACUUGCAGGCUGAUUUACACAACGGAAUGAUGCAAUCUUACUCAGAGGGUUGGGAUAUCUCCCACUGAAUGUCAUGGACAAUCCUGUUUUUUCAGCUGUGUUUUGCACAGUUCUUCCACAAAGAGGUGCCGGGGUUAUGCUGUUGACUGUAAACUACCACACAGAUAAUUUCAUCUGUCCAGGUAGGACAUUGUUCACACCUCUCCAUAAACGCCCUGCUUCUGUGGGUAGUCAUUUGCUGCAGAGCCUAUGAGUGAAAUGCAGUUCAGUUGCACCAGGGUGAUCCAGAAGGGUCUGAUAAUCCAUUUCCCAAGGAGAUGCCAAAAUCAUGGAAAAAUGGAAAAACAAACCUGGUGAAACCACAGAGAUGAUAGAUUUCUCAUGCAGGACAGGUACUUCUUUACUUUUCUGACUGCAGUUCAUGAUCCUUACAGCUGGACAAAGGAUGUGGCUUGGGCUGCCCCAGGCCACUUGCACUGGAUGUGAAACCUGCUCCAUCUUCCCUGGUAAGUGGGGUUGGAAGCCAGCAUCAUACAAGAGCCCAAGGUCAGAUGAGACCCACAGUCCUUCCCUGGUCAAUGUUCUGCUUCAUUUUUAGUAAAUGGCCAGUCAUUGAUGCUGGGUUGACACCUUAUUCAUGCCCAUAAACAGCACAUGUUCAUUAUGGACCAUCAUGGUGUUCUUGAAGGCAAAUGAAAUCUACAGAUGCUGCUUAUGUGGUUGAAGUUUAAAAUGAUAUUUAAAGGGGAAGCUGACAGAGGGCAGUUUAACUCCAGGACUUGAAGUUUCCUUCCUCAGCAUUCAAAGCACAGGGAGAGAAGCCUCAUUUCCCGCCAGCAUGGCAAUGAAUGUGACCAGAUAGAUACCGGUAGCCCCAAACUUACAUAGUGCCAGUGGGUGUAGAGAUGAGGAACAGGGAAGUGGUUGCUAUCAACACAGGUAGUUUGUAGGCGUAGCAGCACAGUCCCUCCCCUGCUUUCACCCUUCCCACAAGAAGCACUGGAUUUGGAGGGACAGAUGGACAACUUAGUUCCCCAAAGCCCAGAUCCUUGACUUUCAGUCCUUGCCAUGGGGAAAGCAGCGUGGGUUUUGCUGUCACCUUCACCUAUGUCAGGUGAAGCUCUAUCCAUUGCCUUUGACCAUCAUUCACGGGAGCUGGAACAGCCUGGGUGACGGCCAGUGGAAGUCUUUGGCAGUUGUAAGGGUCAAGAAUGAGUUGUAGCAGAAAAUCCCACAUCCAAAUCUUAAUUCAAUAGCAAAGCAAGCAAGAUUAUUUUUAUAGAUGCUACGAGAGGUUUAAAACAUUUAUGAAUAUUUUUUAAAUCUACACCGGUGACUAAACCUUGUUUCUGUCUCUGGCAUGCAUGCAGAACCAAUCUCCAUCCAUCCCCAGGGGAACGACAGCUAUAGAACCUGUAAGGAGUUCAUGCUUUAUUUGUCAAGUGAAAAAUUAAUAAGAGCUGGCCCACUUCAUAAUUUCCAGACUAGUCAUUAAUUAAAAAUAAAUAAAUAAGUGUUUAUUGGAAUAGAAAACAAGUAUUUGAUUAGCUUUGUUACAGAACAAUGGCUCUCCUAAUUUUUAUUCUGCAUAUUUUAUCCUUUGUUCGGAAGAUUCUCUUUAAGAAGCAGUCUGGGUAAUUUCGCUUUUUAAAACUGUACAGUUUCUAUGGUUUUGCUUUUUAAAUGAGAGCACACUUUGUAGAUUUGAUGAUUCUAUUUUUCUGUUCAGAUGACAUUGGACAUUACAAAGGCAUCCCCCACCACAGUGAGAAGGAAGCUGUCCUGUCGGUUUAUUGUAAGAGAAAAAAAAUACAUAAUGAGAACAAAAUUGCAGAGCUGUGGCAUACUCAAUCCAAUUAGAGCAUGACUCUUUACUACUCUUCAUUUACCACAUUAGAAAUAAAGUUACACCAGCAAGAUUUCAUUUGGAGCUGUUCUUGCAUGCUGUUUGUACUGUAUUUGAUGGCAUAAUAUUGUUUCAUUUACAACCUUUUCUUUCUCGCCACUCUAUUCUUUCUCUGUAUAUAAAGAAGAAGAAGAAAAAAAGAUUAUACAAAGUAUUUUGUUCUACCUCUGUAAAAAUCAUAUUUGUGAAUAAAGUCAUGCUGUCUGUGGAGCACGGUA